AUGGGGGGUCCGUGGCUUCUGUCCGCCGCCCACUUUCUCUGCGUGUGCGCGAUCGCGGGGGCCGCCGCCACCAGGCCCCGCUUUCUGGUGACUGCCCCUGGGAUUAUCAGGCCUGGAGGAAGAGUCACCGUUGGGGUAGAGCUCCUGGAACACAGCCCUGCAGUGGUCACUGUGAAGGCCGAGGUGCUUAAGACAUCAUCGAAUCUGACAGUGUCUGUCCUGGAAGCAGAAGGAGUCUUUGAAAAAGGUUCCUUUAAGACAUUGACUCUUCCGUCACUCCCUCUGAACAGUGCAGAUGAGAUGUAUGAGCUACGUGUAACGGGACGGUCUCAGGAUGAGAUUUUAUUCUCUAAUAGCACACGCUUAUCAUUUGAGACCAAGAGAGUGUCUGUCUUCAUUCAGACAGACAAGGCGCUAUAUAAGCCCAAGCAAGAAGUGAAAUUCCGGGUCGUCACACUCUUAUCAGACUUCAAGCCUUAUCAAACAUCAUUGAAUAUUCUAAUUAAGGACCCCAAGUCCAACUUGAUCCAGCAGUGGCUGUCGCAGCAAAAUGAACUUGGAGUUGUUUCCAAAACUCUUCAGCUGUCUUCCCACCCAGUGCUGGGCGACUGGUCCAUCCAGGUUCAAGUGAAUGACCAGACAUAUUAUCAAUCAUUUCAGGUCUCAGAAUAUGUGUUACCAAAAUUUGAAGUUACUCUGCAGACACCAUUAUAUUGUUCUUUGAAUUCUAAGAAUUUAAGCGGCACUGUCACAGCAAAGUAUACAUAUGGGAAGCCAGUGAAAGGAGAAGUAUUGCUUACAUUUUUACCUUUGUCCUUUUGGGGAGAGAAGAAAAAUAUUACAAAACAAUUUAAGAUACACGGAUCUGCCAACUUCUCUUUUAAUGAUGAAGAGAUGCAAAAGGUCAUGGAUUUUUCCAACGAGCACCUGGAGCACGUGGAUUUACCCACGCCGGGGCCAGUAGAAAUUCUUGCCACAGUGACAGAGUCUCUGACAGGUAUAUCAAGAAAUGCAAGCGCCAAUGUGUUUUUCAAGCAGCAUGAUUACAUCCUAGAAUUUUUUGACUAUGCCACUGUCUUGAAACCAGCUCUCAACUUCACGGCCACUGUGAAGGUCACGCGCUCUGAUGGCCAUCAGCUGACCCUUGAGGAAAGGAGGAAUCCGGUGCUGAUCACAGUGACGCAGAAGAGCAGUAGCAAUCCCUGGAGUGGUGGGGCCAGGGAGUCAGACACGGUCCAGCAUAGGAACUACACUCUCCCCCCAAACGGAAUCUUCAAGAUCGAAUUCCCCAUCCUGGAUGACUCCAGCGAGCUCCGAUUAAAGGCUUAUUUUCUGGACAGUGUUGGUCACAUGGCGGUUCAUGAUAUGUUUAUGUCUCCUAGUAAGACAUACAUUCAGCUAAAAAUGAGAGAUGAAAACGUAAAGGUGGGAUCACCUUUUGAGUUGGUGGUGAGCGGCAACAAACAACUGAAGGAAUUUAGCUAUCUGGUUGUAUCCAAGGGACAGUUGGUGGCGGUAGGCAAACAAAACUCAACCACCUUCUCUCUAACACCAGAACUUUCUUGGGCUCCAAAGGCCUGUAUCAUAGUAUAUUAUGUUGAAGAUGAUGGGGAAAUUAUAAAUGAUGUUUUGAAAAUUCCUGUCCAACUUGUUUUUAAAAAUAAGAUAAAAUUAUUUUGGAGUAAGGCGAAUGCUGAGCCAUCUGAGAAAGUGUCUCUUAGAAUCUCUGUGACACAGCCGGAUUCUAUAGUUGGGAUUGUAGCUGUUGACAAAAGCGUGAAUCUGAUGAAUGCCUCAAAUGAUAUUACAAUGGAAAAUGUCAUCCACGAAUUGGAGUUUUAUAACACCGGAUAUUAUUUGGGCAUGUACGUGAAUUCUUUUGCUGUCUUUCAGGAAUGUGGUCUCUGGGUAUUGACAGAUGCAAAUCUCGUGAAAGAUUAUAUUGACGGUGUUUAUGACAUGGCAGAGUAUCCAGAGUGGCAGGUGGACAAAAGUGAUGCCGAGCUGGUGGAUUUUGACCUGGCGGAUAUACGUCACUUCUCUUCUGUGAGCACUCCUCAUGUCAGAAAGCAUUUUCCAGAGACUUGGAUUUGGCUGGACACCAAGAUGGGAUCCAAGAUUUUCCAGGAAUUUGAAGUUACUGUGCCAGAUUCUAUCACUUCGUGGGUUGCCACUGCCUUCGUGAUCUCUGAGGACUUAGGUCUUGGACUCACAACCGCUCCAGUGGAGCUACAAGCCUUCCAACCAUUUUUCAUUUCUUUGAAUCUUCCCUACUCUGUCAUCAGAGGUGAAGAAUUUGCUUUGGAAGUAACCAUAUUCAAUUAUUUGAAAGAGGCCACUCAGGUUAAGGUAGUCAUUGAAGAAAGUGAUCAAUUCGACAUUCUGAUGACAUCCAAUGAAAUCAAUGGCACGGGGCAUCAGCAGACGGCUCUGGUCCCCGGUGAGGAUGGGGUAUCUCUGCUUUUCCCUGUCAGGCCCAUGCAGCUGGGGGAAAUUCCCAUCACAGUCAAAGCCAUGUCACCCACGGCUUCUGAUGCUGUCACCCAGAGGAUUUUAGUAAAGGCUGAAGGAAUAGAAAAAUCAUAUUCACAAGCGGUCUUGUUAGACUUGACUGACAGCAAACAACAAACUACCCUGAAAACUUUGAGCUUCUCAUUUCCUCCUGAUACAGUCAGUGGCAGUGAGAGAGUUCAGAUCACCACAGUGGGAGAUAUUCUUGGUCCUUCCAUCAAUGGCCUAGCUUCCUUGAUUCAGAUGCCGUAUGGUUGUGGUGAACAGAACAUGAUAAAUUUUGCUCCAAAUAUUUACAUUUUGGAUUAUCUGACUAAGAAGAGACUCCUGACAGAUAACAUAAAAGAGAAAGCCCUUUCAUUUAUGAGGCAAGGUUACCAAAGAGAACUUCUCUACCAGAGGGACGACGGCUCUUUCAGUGCUUUUGGGAACGACGACCCUUCCGGGAGCACGUGGCUGUCCGCCUUCGUCCUGAGGAGCUUCCUGGAGGCCGAUGCCUACAUCGACGUGGACGAGAACGUGCUGCACAGGGCCUUCGUCUGGCUGCGCGGCCACCAGAGAGCCAGCGGGGCGUUCUGGGAGCCGGGCCGGGUGAUCCACCCCGAGCUGCAGGGCGGCCUGCAGGGCGGCCGCGGCCCCGCCGCGCUCACCGCCUACAUCCUCACCGCCCUGCUGGCCUACAAGAAGUACCAGCCUAAUAUUGAUGUACAAGACUCCGUCAAGUUUUUAGAGUCAGAGUUCAGUAGAGGAAUUUCCGACAAUUACACUCUGGCUCUUGUAACUCAUGCACUGUCAUUGGUGGGAAGCCCUGUGGCCAAGGAAGCGCUGUCCACGCUGACUCGUCGUGCAGAGAGAGAAGGAGACGUGCAGUUCUGGGCAUCAUCUGCAUCUGCACUUUCUGAGUCCUGGCAGCCUCGCUCUCGGGAUAUUGAAGUUUCGGCCUAUGCUCUACUUUCACAUUUCCUGCAGUCCCAGGUCUCGGAUGGAAUCCCAGUCAUGAAGUGGCUGAGCCGGCAAAGAAACAGCCUGGGGGGAUUUGUGUCUACACAGGAUACCAUUGUGGCCUUAAAAGCUCUAUCUGAAUUUGCAGCCCUAACCAAUGUAGAAAUGACAAAUAUCCAAGUGUCAGUGACUGGGCCUAGCUUGCCAAGCCCAGUGAAUUUCCGGAUCACAGGACACAACCGCUUCCUCCUGCAGACAGCAGAGCUUGAUGUGGUACAACCAACUAUGGUCAAUAUUUCUGCAAAUGGUUUUGGAUUUGCUGUUUGUCAGCUCAAUGUUAUGUACAAUGUGAAAGAUUCUGAGUCAUUUAGAAGAAAGAGAUCUAUUCAAAACCAAGAAGCCUUUGAUUUAGAUGUGGAUGUAAAAGAUAAUCAAGAUGUCAAUCAUGUAGAUUUGAAAGUAUGCACAAGGUUUCUGGGUCCGGAUAGAAGUGGCAUGGCCCUUAUGGCAGUUGACCUUCUCAGUGGCUUUACUGUGCCGUUAGAAGACAUUCCUCUGAGCGACACAGUGAAGAAAGUGGAGCAUGAUCACGGGAGGCUCAACCUUUACUUGGAUUCGGUGAAUGAAACCCAGUUUUGUGUUGAUAUUCCUGCUGUGAGAAACUUCAAAGUUUCAAAUACCCAAGAUGCUUCUGUAUCCAUCGUGGAUUAUUAUGAACCAAGGAGGCAGGCGGUGAGAAGUUACAACUCCAAAGUAAAGCUGGCUUACUGUGACAUUUGUGGAGACUCGGAGGGCUGUGAUGGCUGUGCGAAGACUUCCGGUUACCCUGGUCAUUCUCCGGUCCUCUUCCUUUUCUCCUCCAUGCUUCUCUUCUCUUUAUCUUAUUGGCUGUGA